AUGUUUGUCGUCAAGGUCCUUCACACGCCCGUUACUACCCACACUGUCAAGAUCGAGGUCGACCCUUCCUGGGUCAGCGACUUCAACAAGAAUGCGACCAAAUCCAACUACAAGGCCAGAGACAAGGUCGCUGGAGGAACGACUGAAGUGGAGAUCAGCAAAGGGCAGAGCAUCACCGUGGCACCGGACGGAACUGCCGCCUCCGUGAGGCCAGACAACAACGUCGCGAAGGAUGCUUUCCGGUUCAUACACACAGAGUCACCAGCAGCCGCCGUGGUCUACAUGACCGUGGCCGACUCGCAGGUCCCUAUCUACAUCACGAAUACACACCCAGAUCAUCCUGGGAAGCAGGACCUGAGCCCAAUAGAGAAGAUCAAGAUCUGGUUCGACGACCAGAUGGAAGCCAAAGACUACUUUGAUGACAUCUCCAACUUGACCCAUCUUGUCUACAUGUGGCGCAGGGAGGUGUAUACUGUUCAGUACACUCCUGAAGGCAAGUGGGCAUUCAAAAAGGCAGAGAAGACAGAGAAGGAAAAGACGAAAUUCAACAUUUGCACUUCAUUUGGUUUCAAGAGCAACUACAUCGGCAUGGACCAGUGUCAUAGCCACUGCAGCAGACCCAUCACAUGGAAAAACGAGUUCACAUACGCCGCAUGCAAAAACUCGCCUCAACUAAACUGUCCCGUCUUUGAGAGCACGAAGCCGGUCCCGUUCCACCCCAACGAGCGUCUCGUAAUCCAGCACGACUGGACAGUCAGCAGCACCGGGCGGGACGAGCAGCGGGCGCCCGCGAACGGCAUCCUACACGGCGGCGACGUCGCUCAAUCUUCAAGACGGUCGGAGCAGCGCACCGUGUUCGGCAAGGAUCGCGUCAACACCCGCGUCAUCGAGAUUCCGUACGCGGAAAAGCCGAGUGUGACGGUGUUUUACAACAAGGAGGGGUGGUGGGAGGUGAAAGAGGGGCCGAGGGGUGUGGAUACGAAGCUGUAG